ACGUCCAACGUGUUGUGUAACUGUAACCUACGUAUUAUUUUUUUUAAUUUUGUACGUAUAUUUUAUAUGUAUUUAUUGCGAGACGUAAAUCAUCAUUUUUGAAACGACAAAAACAGUGUAAUUUAUGUAAAUUUUGAAUAAUGCAUGUAAAAUUUGAUUGUACAUUAAAUUGCAAUUACCUGUGAAAAAUCAAUUCGAAAUGCAAUCAUGCAAAAUAGAUGAAUCAGAAAGCAGACCAAACAUCGCAUUAAAAAGAAUCGGACUGGAAUUGGAUAAAGCAGAGACCAAAUGCUUCACGUUAAAAUCAGAGUUAAAUUACAUGAUGGAUGUUUGUCGAAAAGCUCAAACGGAAAUAAAAGGAAAUAAAGAAGCUUCUAACAUUUCAUCGAUAAUGUCAUUUAAAAAUUCAGAUUCAAAGUCUACAUUCGAACGUAAUGAUUAUAACAGCGAAAUUAUGGAUGUCAAUAGAACUACAAAUUGUAACAUCUUUCAGAGAAUUCAUAAUAUGGAAUUGAAAGCUGAAGAAAAUUUGGAUACAUUCAAUUUGAGUCCAAAAUCUGCACAGUUUUCAUCUAGAAAAAGCAUAAACGAUGAUGAUACUAUCGAGAGAUCUGAGAAUUUGAUGAAGAAAAGUCAAAAAGGAUUAUUGAACGUUACAAUUACACCGAAAACUAAAUUAAAUAAGAAACUUCCUCAUUUGAUAAUGCCAACUCAGAACAUGGAAGAAGAUGCGAGUAAAGAACAUGAAAGCUAUUACUUUCCGUCGAAAAUGUCCCUCGAGCAAAUGACAUUGCAAACUGACGACGAGAGUUAUAUUCACGGAACGCCGAGGCCAAGUGUCAAAGAUGUUGAAAGUGUUAAAGAUCCGAAAUUGAAUUUGAAUAUGCUGAAUACCACAAAAGCCAGACGAUUGGUGAAAAGUAGAUCGAAAACGGGGAGAAGCGAAAUAAACUCCGUGUGCAGGACGGAUAACAUGAUGCCUAAAGCGCGGAAGAGAAAGACGAAGUUACGGAGUUCCAUUUCCAAGAGCACAGUUACUACCACGGGUUUUAUUGGUAGAAAAGAGAUGAAGAAGCGCCGGCAUAAAGGUCUUGUCAUUAAUUGUCAACCUCUCGUCAAUCACUCAUCAAAUACAAAUCAACCACCAUCUAAUCCGCCAAAGCAUGUGAAGAAGUCCAAUGAUGUCGUGGAAAUUUUUCAUAAUACUAAAUUAAAGAAUAACAAUUUCGAGGAGUCCAUUAUACAUUCUAAAGACGAUGAAGCUAAGUAUGAAAAAAAACCGCAUCUUCCUGAAGCCAAGAAAAAUCCAAAGAGAAUUCAAGAAACAGUGUUGAGUUCAAAAGAUGGACGUUCUGAAAAUGUUAAUCAGAAAUGUGAAUUCCAUGAUAAGAAAAAUGAACCGGAUCCUCAGAUGUUAAAUCAUCAAAACAAUACAUUGUCAGAAGCGAAGCCCCAGAUUACACAAGAACAAGAUAAAUCAGAAAAUCCGAUUCAUUCCACACACAACGAUCUUGGUCCAUCGGUACAGGAUGAAACGCAACAAUGCAAACGAGCUUUCAACAGAUACGACGAUCCAUUGUUCACGCCCAACUACGAGAUGCCGACUUUGGCGUCGAAGUUAAAACGCUCGAGCAGAUCGUACUUCAGCGGGUUUAAUUUCCGAAAUAUUCCGUUUGUGGUGGGAACUUCGGUGACCCCAAGUUACAAUCUCGGAUUGAAUAUUCAACAAGUGUUGAGCGUGAUGAAGACGAGACAGCCGCCGGCGAGCGAUAUCACCCCGUUAUUAAUCCGCAAAGUCAGCAGAGGCAUGAGGCCGAUGUCGGUUCUUCUGGGCCAGAUGAACGGUCACUACGAGGGAUCCGUCCCCAACAUGAGCUCACAAAUGACUGGAAUGUUUAAAUUUAACAGCAGGGAGAACCUCGGUCGAGAUAAAAGAUUGUCCAUGUUUAAUUUACACGUGGGAAAGACGCAAAGUGGUCGUAUGCCAAAGACGAAUGCAGAAAUUAUAUUUGAAAAAGAGAAUAAUGUUUCUAAACAGCUUUGUAAAGAGAAAGUUGAAUCUUCCAAUCAUAAGACUAAACAGCAAUCUUCUUCCGCUGUGAGCAAAAGCGACACUCCGACGAAUCCUAAAAUUCAACAAGGAACUUCGAGGAUAUCGUUAAAAGGUAAUAUUGGCGAUCAUAAAAUGCAUAUUCCUGAUUCGCACAAUUCUAAGGAGAUACGCGACGUUCUGAUCAAUCUUCACGAUCAAUUUGAAGAGAUGAACAAAAAAUAUGAGAAAUUACAAUCAGAAGUGGACAAGUCCAACGAUAAAUCUUUAGCGAAGGAAUUGUCCACUCUGGAGAAGGAACUCAGUGUCAAGGAAGAAGAAAUCAACACUGUUGUCGGUCUCUACAAAGAGGUAAUGACGCUGAAACAGCAAAUGAAGGCAUUGAACGAAAGAAAUAGUCUGGUUUGUAUCGCGACCGAGUUGACCAAGAGAACCAACAAGGAUUCUUUUCCCAUAUCUGUUAUACCUGAAAAAUCGCAGAUUUUUGGUCGAAGACAAAUUUUCAAUGCGACACGAGAACCGCCCGUUUCUAUGCAGUUGGCUGCGUUAUUACGGCAGAUUCAAACUUUUCAUAAAAAAUUGCAGCUUAUGUCGUAACGUCACAUCGAGUCACGAUAAAAGAGCAAGAAAAUGGAAUAAAAUUGGAGUUAUUUUAUCAAAUUGCCUACACAUUGAUAUAGCGGAA